AUGAUAAUGGAAAAUCGUGUGAGGAUGAAACAAUUGAGUGAUGAAUUAAAAAAUGUCAGCAUAAGCCAUGACUUCACUAAAGAACAGCGUGAAAAAUGUAAAAAACUGGUAGCUGAAGCAAAAGAUAAACAGAAACAGGAGUCGGGGGAAUUUUUGUACAGGCAUACUAGUUCUGAUUGUGCGUCUAUGGUUUUCAACUCUUCUGGUAAUGUCAAUAAAAUUAAAGUGGGUCUGUUAAACAUUAGAUCUUUUGGUCCAAAUGUUGAUGAUGUUUUUGGGCUGCUCAAUGAUGGCUUGGAUGUUUUGAUGCUUACAGAAACUUGGCAUAAAUCAUUUGAUAAUAUUUGUCUUAGUUUGGCAAAGCCACGUGAUUUUAGUUUUUUGGAACAAUCAUUUUCAAGAAAUCGUGAAUCAGAUCCUGGAAACGAGUGGAUAAAAAACGUUUGA